AGGCAGUGAUCGCUGAGAUCCUGGUUGAAGACAGCAGAGGUGUAUUUGGAGGGUAGGUUAGUUAAGAUGAUAUCUAUGAGGGUGCCUGUGUUUACGGAUUUGGGGUUGUACCUGGUAGGCUCAUUGAUAAUUUGUGUGAGAUUGAGGGCAUCAAGCUUAGAUUGUAGGAUGGCCAGGGUGUUAAGCAUGUCCCAGUUUAGGUCACCUAGCAGCACGAGCUCUGAAGAUAAAUGGGGGGCAAUCAAUUCACAUAUGGUGUCCAGGGUUCAGCUGGGGGCAGAAGGGGAUCUAUAGCAAGUGGCAACAGUGAGAGACUUGUUUCUGGAAAGGAAGAUUUUUAAAAGUAGAAUCUCAAAUUGUUUGGGCACAGACCUGGAUAGUAAGACGGAUGUCUGUCAUCUCUGCAGUAGAUUGCAACUCCGCCCCCUUUGGCAGUUCUAUCUUGUCGGAAAAUGUUAUAGUUAGGGAUAAAAAUGUCAGCGUUUUUGGUGGCCUUCCUAAGCCAGGAUUCAGACACAGCUAGGACAUCCGGGUUGGCAGAGUAUGCUAAAGCAGUGAAUAAAACAAACUGAGGGAGGAGGCGUCUAAUGUUAACAUGCAUGAAACCAAGGCUUUUACGGUUACAAAAGUCAACAAAUGAGAGCGCCUACGGAAUGGGAGUGGAGCGAGGCACUGCAGGGCCUGGAUUAACCUCUAUAUCACCAGAGGAAAAGAGGAGGAGUAGGAUAAGGGUACAGCUAGAGGAUAUAAGAACUGGUCGUCUAGUACGUUCGGAACAGAGAGUAAAAGGAGCAGGUUUCUGGGCGUGUUAGAAUAGAUUCAAGGCAUAAUGUACAGACAAAGGUAUGGUAGGAUGUGAAUACAGUGGAGGUAAACCUAGGCAUUUGAGUGACGAUGAGAGAGGUAUUGUCUCUAGGGACUCCAGUUAAACCAGUUGAGCCGCGGCUAGCAGAUGGGCAUUCAGGGGACGUCACGACGGAGGAGCCUGUUGAAAAACGCCCUCGGGCGGAUUACGUCGGUAGUCCAGUCGUGAUGAAUCGGCGGGGCUCUGUAUUGGCAGUUAAAGGGGUCCAGGCCAAUUGGCAAAAUAGGUAUUGUAGCCCAAGGAGUGGCUGAUGGACCUCUUCAGCUAGCCGGGAGAUGGGCCUAGCAUAGGCUAGCUCCAGGCUAAUUGGUGCUUGCUACGGGACAGAGACGUUAGCCAGGAGUAGCCACUCGGAUAGCAGCUAGCUAGCUGCGAUGAUCCAGGUGAAAAGGUUCAGAGCUUGCGGUAGGAAUCCGGAGAUAUGGGGAAGAAGAAGUCGAAUAUGCUCUGGGUUGAAUCGCGCUAUGCAGACUGGCAGGAGUUGUCUGGGCUAAAGGUUAGCUGAUGACCGCUAGCAGUGGCUAGCUGACUACUAACUAGUACUUUCUGUUGGGGGUUCCGGUUCUAAAGUAAAGAAAAUAGCAGAUCCAUACCACAUUGGGUGAGGCGGGUUGCAGGAGAGUAUGUUGAAGUUGAGGUUAAGAAUUUGUUUUGCUAAAUAUAUGCGAAGAAAAUAUAUAUAUACACGGGACACGAUAAGACGAAGACAAAGAUGCCUGACUUCUAUGCCAUCUUGGAUUUUUUGGGAGAUGGGAGCCACUCCUCAGUAAAAGGCACAUGACAGCCCGCUUGGAGUUUGCCAAAAGGCACCUAAAAGCAUGGUGGUGGCAGGAUCAUGCUGUGGGGAUGGUUUUCAGCGGCAAGGACUGGGAGACUAGUCAGGAUUAAGGGAAAGAUAAAUGGAGCAAAGUACAGAGAGCUCCUGGAUGAAAACCUACUCCAGAGUGCUCAGGACCUCAGACUGGGGCGAAGGUUCACCUUCCAACAGGACAACGACCCUAAGCACACAGCCAAGACAACGCAGGAGUGGCUUUGGGAUAAGUUUCUGAAUGUCCUUGAGUGGCAGAGCCCAGACUUGAACCCGAUCGAACAUCUCUGGAGAGACCUGAAAAUCUCUAUGCAGCAACGCUCUCCAUUCAACUUGACAGAGCUUGAGAGGAUGUGCAGAGAAGAAUGGGAGAAGCUCCCCAAAUACAAGUGUGCCAAGCUUGUAGCAUCAUACUAAGAAGACUCGAGGCUGUAAUCACUGCAAAAAUGUGCUUCAACAAAGUACUGAGUAAAGGGUCUGAAUACUUAUGUAAAUAAGUAUUUUUUCAGUUGUACUAUUUUUAUUAAUUUGCAAAAAAUAUUUAAUUAUGGGUUAUUGUGUGUAGAUUGAUGAGAGAAAAAAAGAAGAUUUAAUCAGUUUUAGAAGAAGGCUGUAACGUAACAAAAUUUGGAAAAAGUCAAGGGGUCUGAAUACUUUCCAAAUGCAUUGUAGAUGAAGGGGAAGAGACAGGUUAAAGAAGUAUUUUAAGCCUUGAGACAAUUGAGAUGUGGAUUGUGUAUGUGUGCCAUUCAGAGGGUGAAUGGGCCAGACAAAAUAUUUAAGUUACUUUGAAUGGUGUUUGCUAGUAAGUGCCAGGUGCACAGGUUUGUGUCAAGAACUGCAACCUUGCUGGAUUUUUCACGUUCAACAGUUUCCUGUGUGUAUCAAGAAUGGUCCACUUUGCUAAGGACAUCUAGCCAACUUGAAUCAACUGUGGGAAGCAUUGGAGUCACUAUGGGCAAGCGUCCCUGUGGAAUGCUUUCAACACCUUGUAGAGCUUUUUUGAGGGCAAAAGGGAACUCAUUAUUAGGAAGGUGUUCCUAAUGUUUUAUACACUCAGUGUGUGACCAGUAUAGUCUACAAGGGGCUCAGUCUGUGUUUUCAUUGAGUACCUGAUUGCUAGCAGUUGCUCAUCUAAUAGCAUAGCAUGCAUUAGGAGGAGGGGGAGAGAGAGGCAGUCAUUUCUGGAUAUAUGGAACACUAGGUAGAACCAUUGAUUGAAACAGUUAUUUGGGACCUAAUGGGAUUCCAAAGGGAAAUUCACCAUAGAAACCAAGUGGUUACGAAGUGAUACUGUCAAAAUCCUUUUGUCUGUUGCAUAGUCUUCACUGACAGGGUAAGUAAUGGUUCAGAGGGAGACGCUUGGACAUGUGCUGGGGAGUCCACAAACACACACUGUACACUCCAACUGUACACUACAUCCCUCUCAAACGUGUUGCUCCAUAUGUAGGCCUAUGACUAGUCUCUUUUCACAGCAUCUGUGAAAAGAGACUAGCCUAUUAGUGAUGCAAUGUUUUCCUUUGUAUUUGAUGAGGGAGCAUCGAGAGGCACUCUAUUCUCCAUUAUCUCCAUUUAUGACACUCCAGAGCCAACCAAAGAGGCUCCUUGUAGGCGUCUUCAACCAGACUAGAGCGCCGUAGUAACCAUGAAAAUCUACAUCAUUCACAUGUGUAUAUUUCUCCCGUCAUACCAAAUGUCCUUCGGGUUAACAGUUAGUGUGCUCAUUCAAUUGUCACUUUUACAUCAGUGGCUUACAUCACUAGAGGUCCAUAGUAACCUUUGAAAUCUAUAUAAUUCACAUGUCCCCUACAUACUUAUUUGGACAGUGAAGCUAAACUUAAAAUGUGGCUCUAUAUUCCAGCAUUUUUGGAUUUGAAAUCAAAUGUUCCAUGAGGCGAGAGUACAGAACAUCACCUUUUAUUUGAGGUUAUUUUCAUAUCGGUUUUACCGUUUUAGAAAUGAAAGCACUUUAUGUAUCUAGUCCCCCCCAUUUGAAUGUAUCAUUAGUAUUUGGACAAAUUCACUUCUAGUGUAUUUCAUUUAGUCAAAAGUUUAGUAUUUGGUCCCCUAUUCAUAACAUGUAAUGACUACAUGAAGCUUGUGACUCUACAAACUUGCUAAUGGUAAGAGUUAGCAUGUUUUGGGGGCAUGACCUUUGUGCAUCUGUAACUUUCUCAUUAUUAUUCAGGAUUCACGAUGAUCCGUAAUCAUGGUAGCAUCCACAUUAAUGCACAAGUGUUCAGAAACAUAUUAUUUUCUUAUUUACAAUUUUUUUAAAUAACUCCAAAAUGACCAUACAUUAUUUACCAUUCAUUUCUACCGGUCACAACAUCAUCUGAAACACAACAACGACCAAAAAAAACGGAAAAUACAUCCAACAAGUUUGUAGAGUCACAAGCUUGACGUGGUCAUUGUGUGCUAGGAUUUUGAUUUGAUUUAUUAGGAUCCCAACUAGCCGACGCCAAUGGCGCCAGCUAGUCUUACUGGGGUCCGACAAAUAACGAAGAAGACAUUGCAGACAAAAGACUUUACAAUUUGCUUGCAUUCAAAAACAUUAACAUGUCGUGUGUGUGUGCAUCUAUCAGUUCCACAUACUGUACAUGGCAGUACAUGCAGACAACAAGUAGGUCACAUUGGGGAGAGACGUCGUGCUGUGAGGUGUUGGUUUAUUUGUUUUUUGAAACCAGGUUUGCUGUUCACUUGCACUAUAUGAGAUGGAAGGAAGUUCCUUGGUUCUGUAUAAUACUAUAUGUUUCCUUGUAUUUGUUCUGGACCUGAGGACUGUGAAAAGACCCCUGGUGGUAUGUGUGGUGGGGUAAGUGUGUUUGUCAGUGCUGUGUGUAAGUUGACUAUGGAAACAAUUUGGAAUUUCCAACACGUUCAUUUUCAUAUAAAAACAAGAAGUGACACAGUCAGUCUUUCCUCAACUCCUCAACUCUUAUAUUGGUCCAAAAUACUAACCUUUUGACUAAAUGUAAUACAUAAUAAGUGAAUUUGUCGAAAUACUUGACACCUUAAAAUGUGCGGACUAGAUACAUAAAAGUGCAUUUGUUUCUAAACAAUAUAAGAGAUAUGUAUGAAAAUAUCCCCACAAUAAAAGGUGACAUUCUGUACUGUUGCCUCAUAUAAAACAUUCAAUCUGAAAUCCAAAGUGCUGGAGUAUAGAGCCACAUAAAAACAAAUGUAACUUCACUGUCCAAAUAAAUACUUCGAUGAGUGUAUGUAUUUCAAACCUAAUGUGCUUCAAGUUAACACUUCUCACUUUCUUAUCAGUGGCUGGCCUGUUAAGUCCUGUUGAUAUCACACUGUUGAGUCACCUGUGCUUCAGUAAACACGCUUUUCUGAUGUUUAAUUAUGGGGGCCCCCUCUCAAAUAGUUAAAUAAAGGUUACAUUUAAAAAAAAAAAAUACAAAUAAAGAUGUUUACGUCUGUGUGGCCUCUCCAGCAUGUGCCCAAGUGCCUCCCUCAACCAUGACUUCAAGUUUAAUGACUGACCAUAUGAAGUAAACUAAUGAUAGACUAUGUAACUAUUUAGUGGACUAUGAUGUGGUUGUUUAUUUUAUGUUACAUAGUAUUUACUUCAUCAGUUUACAUCAUUGAGUACAAUAUUACUACUUAAUGACAGAUAUAUAUAUAUACAGAGGGUUAAAAAAGUAUUUAGUCAGUCACCAAUUGUGCAAGUUCUCCAACUUAAAAAGAUGAGAGGGGCCUGUAAUUUUCAUCAUAGGUACACUUCAACUAUGACAGACAAAAUUAGAAAAAAAAAUCCAGAAAAUCACAUUGUAGGAUUUUUAAUGAAUUUAUUUGCACACAAAAAAUAUGGUGGAAAAUAAAUGUUUGGUCACCUACAAACAAGCAAGAUUUCUGGCUCUCACAGACCUGUAACUUCUUCUUUAAGAGGCUCCUCUGUCCUCCACUCGUUACCUGUAUUAAUGGCACCUGUUUGAACUUGUUAUCAGUAUAAAAGACACCUGUCCACAACCUCAAACAGUCACACUCCAAACUCCACUAUGGCCAAGACCAAAGAGCUGACAAAGGACACCAGAAACAAAAUUGUAGACCUGCACCAGGCAAGAAGACUGAAUCUGCAAUAGGUGGCUGCUGCAGGAACACCAGUCCUGUUUCAGUUCCCCUUUCUAGAACCUUCUCCCAUGCAGGAGACCCACAUGGGCUAAGAAGGUCUGGGCCGGGACCACAGGAACAGCCUGACCAGUCAUUUCCUGCUACUCACAGGUCCAGAGACUGCAGAGAGCCAAGAUGCACGGCGGUCGGAAGAAAACCAGGGUGCUGUGUGUGAUGAUGAUACUCAAUGUCUUCGUCUUCAUCCUUGUGGGCGUGUCUCGGAACCUGGGCCAGGAUAAGGGGGACCAGCGGAAGCCACGCAUUCCCUCCAAGAGGUUCUGGAAGAAGCAGAUGACCAGCGAGAUCUUCUGGAAUAAGGAGCAGCAGAGGCUGGACUAUAUCUACAACCCCAUCCUCAUGUUGGGUUUGACCAAUGACUCUCUCCUGGAGCUACCUGAUUGGCUCAACGACACCAAGUCCCCGGACCCCUGCCAACCGGACUACAGCGUCACCACCCAGGUGAAGGACUACAACUCCCUGCCACCCCGCUUCCAUGACUUCCUGCAGCACAUGCGCUGCCGCUCGUAUCCGAUGAUCAUGGACCAGCCACGCGUAUGCGAGAGCAAACCCUACCUCCUAUUGGCCGUCAAGUCCCUGGCGCCCCACUUCGACCGGCGGCAGGCCAUCCGGGAGUCGUGGGGGCGGGUGGGCGUUCUGGCCAAUCGGACUGUAGCCACUGUCUUCCUCCUUGGAAAUGCCGUGGCAGUCGACCACUUCCCCAACUUGUCUGGGAUGCUCAGUCACGAGGCCAGACUUUACGGGGACCUCCUCCAGUGGGACUACCGAGACUCCUUCUUCAACCUCACCCUCAAAGAGGUGCUCUUCCUGGACUGGUUCAGCCAGCGUUGCCCUGACGCCCGCUUUGUCUUCAAGGGGGAUGAUGACGUCUUCGUCAACACCUGGAGGAUCUUAGACUUCCUCCACAAUCUUCCAGAGAUCAGGGCCAGGGAUCUGUUCAUAGGGGAUGUAAUCACCAACGCCGGCCCGCACCGGGACCGGAAGCUCAAGUACUUCAUCCCAGAGAGUGUGUUCGUGGGGCCAUACCCUCCCUAUGCCGGCGGAGGAGGGUUCCUGUACUCUGGGGAACUGGCACUGCAGUUGCACAACAUCUCCCAGCAGGUGGCGCUGUAUCCUAUUGAUGAUGUCUACACAGGGAUGUGUCUCCAGAAGCUGGGCUUGGUCCCGGAGAAGCACAAGGGCUUCAGGACGUUUGACAUUGAUGAGAAAUACAGGGGCAACCCGUGCACGUAUAAGAGCUUAAUGCUCGUGCACAGCAGGACGCCGCAGGAGAUGAUCAAAAUCUGGGCCUGGCUCAGCGAUCCAGAAUUGGACUGUCAGUGAGACAUCUACAUGCAUCCCACAUUACACCCUAUUCCCUACAUAGUGCACUAUUUUUGACCAGAGACCUAUAGGCCCUGGUCAAAAGUAGUGUACUAUAUAGGGAAUAGGGUGCCGUUUGGGAUGCAUCCAAUGGGUCUUUGAGCAUUUUUUUGAUGUGUUCUAAGUGCUUUCUUUGGUUUUUGUGGAAUUCCAAAAUCCUCGAGGUUCGGUAGCAAUGCUGGGUUCACGUGCUAGUUGGAACUCUGAAUUUUCUGACUUGCUAAUUAGUUGUAGUUAUACACGUGCCGUGUUCAACCAGUUAGGAAGUUGAACAUUUUUGAGUUUCCUAGUUCCGACUAGCACGUCACAAGUCAAUGUGUUCCAGCUUCAAUUAGAAUCAGCUGAUAUAUCUCUAGCAUUCCAAAGUAUUUUUUUACAUGAGCAACCAUUCAUGUACACUCUUCGAGACUGUGUUCGGCAAAUGUAGUAUCAUUAAUAUAAAUGUACUAGUACUGUAUGUACUUUUCAAGCACUAUUGCACGAGAGGUCCUUCAUUUGCAAGAAAUGUAAUUUGUCACAAUUAACAGUCAUAUGUGAAAAUCACCUACGAUUGGGAGGGGGAUCCAUAUCUCUUUUAAUAGUAACAAGACAGUUCUUGACACAAACGGGUGCGCCUGGCACUUACUACCAAACCCUGUUCAAAGGCACUUCAAUAUUUUGUCUUGCCCUUUCACCCCCUGAAUGGGACACAAACAAUCCAUGUCUCAAUUAUCUCAAGGCUUAAAAAUCUACACUGAUUGAUGUGGAUUUAACAAGUGACAAUCAAUAAGGCAUCAUAGCUUUCUCCUGGUCAUUCUGUGUCAUGGAAAGAGCAGGCAUCCUUAAUGUUUUGUACACUCAGUGUGUGUAAAAAAAAAUAUAUAUAUGUUUUACCACACUUAUCGAGCUCCUCUUCUCCAUUUCAUAAACAAAACAAAAACAAUAACAAAUGUGCCUGGGGCUCUAUUUCACCUUAUGCGGAGCUCAGCUUUAAAGUAUUUUUUUGUAUUAAUAAAACAAAUUUGCACAUUUGGUGAAUAAAUAUUUGUUGAAUAAUCCAGAAUUUUAAGGCGUUAGUAGUCCUGUGACCCAGUGUUUUUUUUAGGCUGUAGUGAGAUGUUAUGUGCAGAGCUCUUCCUGUAUUCUCACAACAGUGGAGGCUGCUGGGGGGAGGACAGCUCAACAGUAAUGACUGGAAUGGAGUGAAUGGGAUGGCAUCAAACCAUGUGUUUGUAUUUGAUACCAUUCCACUGGUUCAACUCCGGCCAUUACCAGGAGCCCGUCCUCCCCAAUUAAGGUGCCACCAACCUCCUGUGACUCACAAGCCUAUAAUGGAAUCAACUGGGUCUGUACUUCCAACUCCAUUUUAUGCCCUAUGUCUGUUUUCUUUUUAUGUUUUCAGAAAUGUGAUGGAUACCUGGAGUAUUUCAAUUUUUUAUGACAGUGAAUAAAAAAAUAUUCAAACAUCAAA